AUGAGUUUGCAGGGUUGUUCAUCUCAAAAGUGGAACUUUCAAUCGAGUCUAGCUAGGGUCUUUGAAGAUCGAUCUUCAAUCAAUUUCAGAGCAGACCUGGCACUUCCCUUCAGCUCACACGAUACACCGCGAUGCCGCCAACCGUGCCACACCUUUCCGGAACAGUUCGGUUCGCGUCUGGUGUUUGCAACGCCUGAGGACUCGGUGACAGCCAUCGUGCAGCGCGCGCACGUGAGCGCCACCAAGCAGGCCUUCGCCGUGUGGUGCACCGGCGGUGGCAACCGCGUGGUCAGCUGGGGCGAUCCACGCUUCGGAGGUGAUACGACGGCCGUGCAGCGGCAGCUGCGUUACGUGCACCGCGUCGUGGCCACGGACCGCGCCUUCGCGGCGCUGCUGGGCGACGGACGAGUGGUGACUUGGGGUGAUCCCAACUUCGGUGGAAACAGCAUGUUCGUCCAGGAUCAGCUGCGAGACUUGACAUCCUUGGCGUGGAUGGGCGCCUUUGCCGGUGUCGAGGUGGAGACACGGCGCGUGGUGACCUGGGGUCGACCGGAGAGCGGUGGAGAGUGCACGAAGAAUCUGAAGAACGUGAAGCAGAGCCAGGAGAUCGUUUCCACCGACGCGGCCUUUGCCGCGCUGUUGACCGAUGGCACGGUGAGGGCCUGGGGGGCUGCUCCGAACGGCGGCGACGUGCCGGUGGACGUGCAAGAACGCCUUCGCCACGUGCGGCGCAUCUAUGCCACCAAUGCCGCCUUCGCGGCCCUCCUGCACGAUGGAAGUGUCGUCACUUGGGGAAAUCAUCAUGCUGGUGGCGAUAGCAGCGAGGUGCAGGAGAAGCUCAGACCAGUGCUGGACAUCCAUGCUGCCGAAACGGCCUUCGCUGCCAUCCUCACUGAUGGACGAGUGGUGACCUGGGGGGAUCCGAUCAAUGGUGGCGACAGCAGCCGGGUCCAGGAACAACUCAAAGAUGUACAGGAGAUCCAUUCCACGGGUGCUGCGUUUGCGGCCAUUUUGAGCGACAAGACAGUGGUGACCUGGGGGGGAUCAGAAUUACGGUGGGGAUAG